AUGUACCAUGAUCCCAAUGUGGGGCCGUCUCCACCUGCACCUGCCGUCGGGGGCUACGCCUACGGCGUAGCACCGCCCGCAGUUGGGCAGCCCGCACAGUACAUUUACAAGGGCCAGCGCUAUGCUGACCUCAAGCAGCUUCAAGCUGCGAUGCAAAAUUCGCCCUUGCCCACAGCGAAGAGCUCCUGGGUCCAGCUUCUCAGAGACAAGGUUGCUCUUGAGAAGAAGGUCAAGGAACUCUUUCACCAGUAUGCCGGCGCAGAUCGGAGGCUACAGCCUCAUGAGGUGCACGGCCUCGCGUUCUCCCUCGGGGCGCAGCUCGGCGUGGAUCCCACGGCCUUCGGUGACAUCCAGGUGCUCUUCCAUCGCUACGACUUCUCCGGGGAUGGUCAGCUGGAUGAGAGCGAAGCGCUGCACCUGAUCACCCACAUGCUGCGUGUGUUCCGCGAUGGCCUGCAGCGGCAAAACCAGUCUCAGGCUUUGCCCAUGCAGCCAAUUCCUGACUUCUCUGCAGAGUCGAUCCCUUUCAAGCAGCUGGACAAUGCCUUUGCCCUGCAGAAGAAGCUCGGACAAGGCGGCCAGGGCGCUGUGUACCUGGCUACAGACCGGAGCAGCAAGCUGAAACGCGUGGUGAAGUUUUACAACAAGAGCUGCGCGAAUGCACCGGUGGAAGACAUCGUGGAGGAGUUCAACCUCCUCACUGCGCUGGACCACCCGAAGAUCGCCCGGGUGUACGAAGUCUUCCAGGACCAUGUCUACAUCUAUGUGGUGAGCGAGCCCUAUUUUGGUGGGGACCUCACUACCUGCGCCUCCAAGGCGACGGAGCGCGGCGUGGCGCUCAACCAGAACUGGCUGGCCGGCAUCUUGAAGCAGAUCUGUGCUGGCAUCAUGUACCUCCACAGCAAGAAGUCCAUGCACUGCGACAUCAAGGAGGCCAACGUCAUGAUCUCAGGCGACACCGACUGGCACAACCCGAAUGUCGUGGUAAUCGACUUCGGCUUGGCCCGGGACUUCCGGAAGGGCAGUUCUGGCAUCAUGGGCACGCCGGGAUACAUGCCCCCCGAGGUUUGGACCAAGGGAGUGUGGACCUGCAAGGGCGACAUCUUUUCCAUGGGAGUGCUGUUUUACAACAUGUACUGCUUGCACCAGCGGCGUGCCUUUGAAGGGCAGACCGUCCAGCAGCUUCAGGCCCAGACGUGUGGGAUGCUAGUGGACUGGCAGCCGCUGUCGAACUGCCCAUCCUUCCAGAACCUGGUGCAGCACAUGAUGGCUGGGAACUUCCGAGAACGGCCCUUGGUACAGCAGGUCUUGCAGCACAGCUGGUGGCGGGAAGCCGGCAAGGAAGAGAGCAGCCCUGUCUCAAGCGAGGCGAUCAAAGACCUUGGCCAGUUCAAGCCCAUGAGCGAUCUUCACCGAGCCCUGAUGAUGGACAUGGUUGCCAAAGAGAACCUGACCCACCUAAAGGAGCUGAAUGCGCUCUUUGCCCAGCUGGAUACCGACCACAGCGGCGUGGUCACCGAGUCUGAAGCGCGGGAGGCUUUGUCUGGCAAGAUGGACCCGGCACAGGUUGACAUGUUGGUGAAGACCUUGAUGGGCACAAGUGGCACAUUGACUUACAGCCGGUUCAUGGCAGAGAUGAUCUCAGCGAAGAAGGCCGAAAAUGAUGAAGUUCUGUGGCGAAUUUUUAAAGAGUUGGACACAGACAACAGCAACAGCCUGGACGCCAGCGAGAUCAAGGCCAUGAUGCACAAACCGAAGGUCCGGGAGAUCAUGGCCGACCGAACUGUGGCCGACAUCAUGGAUCGCAUGGACCUGAGCCGAACUGGACGGGUCACUUUCUGGGACUUCAAGCGUGCGCUGGAGAUGAUGGACAUGUCCCGGAGCCGCGCCGGCUCCUCCGCGACGGGAGGGGCUACGCCGCUGUAUGCCGAGGGGGACAAGGUUCAGUACUUCUCUGCCACCUACGCCUGCUGGAUGGACACCAUGAUCACGGCCGUGGAUCCCGGCAGCGGAGCGCUGCAGCUGCAGUGCAAGCCAGGCUCCUCGUGGUUUCUGGAAAGCGACUUGCGUGUUUUUGCUUGA